UGCUUUUCAUCCCGGGGUUUCCACCGCCACAAACCGAUGGACAAUCCCCGUUGGAUCCGGCUGCUGCAGCUUCUCCUUUUUCUGGCUUUGGUGCCUUUGCACAGCGGGCAAGAAACCUCAGUGGAGAUCUGUUGCACACGCGGAUAUGAAUGGGCGAGUCAAAAAAAAGACUGUAGUUCUCUGCCAUUAAAUCCUGAUUCCAAAGAAUGCAGCAUAGCCCAGGAGCAGUGCUGUCUCAAUCAGCUGGAGGAGCUACACUGCACAACUGGAAUAGCCAUUGCCAGAAAGCAAGAAGACUGUGACUCACACAAGGAUAAUUUUACCUGUGAAGACAAGACCAUUAAGAAGUGCUGCUACUGCUGCUUUAUGGGAAAGGUGGCCCAGAAGCAAGGCAACAGCUGUGAGCAGAGUCUGCUGAUGGGAUACCAGUGUGGAUUGGUCUUCAGAGCUUGCUGUGUGGAAGGAAAUGAUAAUACCUUAAAUGUUGACAACUUGGACAAGUUGCACCAAGAAAUACCUUUUCCCGAUUCACUAUCACCAGUAGAAGUUGACUCUGAAGAUAUUUACCUUAAUGAUCGCUGCAGAGGCGGUGGUCCUUGCACCCAGCAAUGUAGGGAUACGGGUUCCAGUGUCCUUUGUUCUUGCUUUAUGGGCUACCAGCUUCAGCCUGAUGGUUUCACUUGUGAAGAUAUUAAUGAGUGUAUCACUUCGAGCAACUCUUGUGGCAUUGGACAAAUUUGUGUCAAUACACUGGGAUCUUUCCGCUGUCAGCGUGAGACAAGUUGCGGAACUGGUUAUGAACUAACUGAGAACAAUCUUUGCAAAGAUAUUGACGAGUGUGAGACUGGUACCCAUAACUGCCUCCCCGAUUUUAUCUGUCAGAAUACUCCAGGAUCCUUCCGCUGUCGACCCAAGCAACAGUGCAGGAGCGGCUUCAUACAAGAUGCGCUAGGCAACUGUAUUGAUAUUAAUGAAUGCCUGAGUGCUAAUACUCCUUGUCCCACUGGGCAGACAUGUAUCAACACAGAUGGCUCUUACACUUGCCAUAGGAAUGUGCCAAACUGUGGGCGAGGCUACCACCUUAAUGAAGAAGGAACAAGAUGUGUAGAUGUAGACGAAUGUUUGUCACCCAAUCAGCCUUGCGGAGAAGGCCACACUUGCAUCAAUUCUCCUGGCACCUACCGUUGUGAGUGCCGAGCUGGCUACUAUUUUGAUACAAUUACGAGAUCUUGCUCUGAUGUUAAUGAAUGUCGCCGAUACCCUGGUCGUUUGUGUGCUCACAAAUGUGAAAACACUGCUGGUUCUUAUUAUUGUAGCUGUACAAUGGGUUUCAAACUUUCAACUGAUGGGCGGUCAUGUGAAGACCUGAAUGAAUGCGAAAGUAAUCCCUGUAGCCAAGAGUGUGCUAACGUAUAUGGCUCCUAUCAGUGCUACUGUCGGAGGGGCUACCAGCUUAGUGACAUAGAUGGGAUCAAUUGUGAGGAUAUUGAUGAAUGUGCUUUACCCACUGGAGGACAUAUCUGUGCCUAUCGAUGCAUUAAUGUUCCAGGGAGUUUUCAAUGUACAUGCCCCUCUUCUGGUUAUAAAUUGGCCUCCAAUGCCCGGAACUGUCAAGAUAUCGAUGAGUGUGUGACAGAAACGCAUACCUGCUCAUACAACGAGACCUGCUUUAAUAUUCAGGGUGGUUUCCGCUGUCUUUCUUUAGAAUGCCCAGAAAAUUAUCGCAAAUCUGGAGAUACUGUCAGGCAUGAGAAGACAGAUACUGUUCGAUGCAUUAAGUCCUGCCGGCAGAACGAUGUCAACUGCGUGUUAGAUCCAAUUCACACCAUUUCCCACACGGUCAUUUCACUGCCUACGUUCAGGGAAUUUACGAGGCCUGAAGAGAUCAUUUUCCUUCGUGCCGUCACACCAGCCUACCCAGCCAACCAGGCAGACAUCAUCUUUGACAUCACCGAAGGAAAUCUACGGGAUUCCUUUGAUAUCAUCAAGCGCUACAUGGAUGGCAUGACUGUGGGUGUCGUUCGUCAGGUGAAGCCCAUCAUUGGCCCGUUCUAUGCCACCCUGAGGCUAGAGAUGAACUACGUUGUGGGAGGGGUCGUCUCACACCGUAACGUUGUCAACGUGCACAUCUUUGUUUCGGAAUACUGGUUUUGAUUCACCUUGCCGUUUGGAUGGAAGCAGGAGAGCUCCGAAUUGAAACUCCACUACAAAUGCAUACAAAGUGGUGCACCCUUUUGGGUUGGUCAGGCAGGGUGGGUAGGAGGUAGUGGCCAAAUAACUUUCCUUUCAAUGAAUGUAUCUGGUUUAUAGUAUAAUUAAAGCAAGCUGUCUAAAGUAGAAGUAGAAUGGAGCAAUGUCCUUGAAUCCAGUCUAGUUGUAAUGUGUGUGUAUAUAUAGUAUGACUGGUUCCCUCUGACCUCCAUCUGAGUUUUAAACUUGCUAAUGGUUUUGUAGAGGUCCUUGAGACAGGGUACUUCAUGUGAGGAUUUGCAGGAUCAGAGCCUUACCCUUAGAAUGGCUUUUAAAUUAACUUUUUUCAUUGUAAAGACCAGAAGCUCACUUAAACCUUUUAUGCAUUUGGGUCAUAACUAACUCAAGCUGGUAUUAACAAAUAUGUAAAAUGUCCCACCCCACCAUCAUUUGAUACUCUAUAUAUUCUCCUACAAUGGCGGUGGUGGGUUGUCUCAUGGUGUUUCAAGCCAUCCUUUCUUUCCAUUGUGUGUGUCUAUGUCGUUUUUUUAUUUGAGAUUUUCAUUUAAAGCCCAUCGGGUCAGGAAAACACGAGUUAAAGCCAGGGUGGACAACAUGUUGACCUCAAUAUGUUUUCUUCUAAAACGCCCUUGAUCCCUCACCAUUGACUAUGCUGACUAGGGUUCCUGGGAGUUGUAGGCCAAAACAUCUGGAGGGCCACAAGUUACCCUUGAAUUAAAAGAAUGGUGGGAAAUUUAACUUUGUAUGUCCAACCAAGGUUUUGAGGCACCAAAUCCAAAACUCCAUAAAAAUUCAGUGGCCUGGAUCAAAAGAACUGCAUGGCUAGUUCAGCAGUUGCCCAAUGGAGCUUUGGACCUUUCCCAAACAGUAUCAUCUCAUGUCAUUUGGCAAGCCCUUUUUGAAACCAAGGGAGGUGAUAUGUAAGGUGACCAUAUGAAAAGGAGGACAGGGGUCCUGUGUCCUUAACAGCUGUUUAGAAAAGGGAAUUUCAACAGGGCUAUUUGUAUGCCUGCAGCACCUAGAAAAAUUCCCUCUUCAUCAGAACAGUUAAAAUUGCAGGAGCCCUGCCCUCUUUGAUAGAGAUACCAGAUACAAAAGCAGGAACGGCCCCAUGCAUCUUUAACUGUUGUGAUGAAGGGGAAAUUUCACCAGGUUUUGCAUUCAUACAAAUGACACCUGCUGACAUUCCCUUUUCUGUACAACUGUGAAAGAUACAGGAGCCCUGUCCUCCUUUCCAUAGGGUCACCCUAGUGAUAUGGCAUGGGAGUCUGCAGUUCAAAGGGUAAAAGCAAACAACAAUAAGAACACUACCAAACCCUCUUCUGGGUCUUCUUUAACGUUAUAUGUCCUAACAUUUUAGAAUUAAAGGGGAGAAAUGUCUGAAUUAGGUAUUCUGUAUCCGUGAGACCUACAGGAAUUAAAAUGCAUGGCAUUAAGGACUCCAGAUACCAUCCCCAUAUAGAUGUACCCUUUUGUCCUAAAUAGUAAACCUUAAUAUAGUUCCAUGUUUUUAUGUUAAACAUUUCAGACAUCUUGUUUUCUUUAUAGAACUGAUUUAAUAUCAGAUUGGUAAUGUAGUUUCUACAAGCACAGGGAAGGUUAAGAGAGCAGAAAGGGUAAACUUUUACAGGCUUGAAAUGAAUUGUGGUUUUGGGAAAGUGGUAGGUGAUAUAAUAGAACCAUCAUUGGCAUUGCCCAGAGAGUGCACAGAUAUUUUUUUUUGUCCCACUGUAUCUCUAGUCAAACAGGAUUUGCAGGUUAAUGGAACAAUUCAAAAAUCUGCACAAUUUGUGAAUAGAGAAAAUUUGGAAUGCCAUGGGAAAUACCUCUAUCACACUGUCAUCAACUUGCUGGAAAAAGAAGCAUAGUCUACCUUUAGAGUUGAUAGUUGACAGUGACGAAAACUCAGUUUGAAGAAAUGAGUUAAGAAGCAUUGCUAGAAGAGGGCAUGCCCUAUACAGAAACAUAAAGGGAAGAACAGAAUUUGGAGUUUACAUUGAACAGUAAACAGGUGGUGAUGGUGGUGCUGAACCAGACAGAGUUUAUGUCUAUACUAUAAAAUUAUAGGUGUUUCAUACCAGUUUAACUGGCAUGGCUUUGCCCAAACAAACUUGAGCUUUGUAGUUUGACAAGGGUGCUGAAAAUUAUCUGAUAGAAAUCCCUUAGCUUCCCUCACAGAAUGUUCCUCCACAGAACUCUGGAACUACCGUGUUCCAGUAGUUCCAGAGUAUGCGAGUUUUUCUGUGUAUCAAACUUAAGUGUGAGCCAAUACUGUACUGAACCUCCCUUCAAUAAACAAGUGUUGUAUGUAUCUACAGUUUCUUGCAAUGAAGCAUCGUUAUUAUU